AAGAAAACAGUUACGCACAUUAUCGCUUUGUUAACGCAACCAUGUCUAUCUAAUAUGAACUACUCAUCCAAUUAAUCAAGAAAUAAUGGCAUUCCAAGAAGCCACUGACCAUGACAUUAGGGAUAGAUUGACCAGAGCUGAAAAGGUGAAGCUGGAAAAUGAAAUGAAAGAAUUGGAAAAAAUAAAACUAAUGAACAAGCGACAAAGAGAAAGAUUUCAUGUCCUCCAGGAACAACUGAGGAGGAAGAAUCAACAUGAGGAAGAAAUAAGAAGAGAAACCAUGAAUCAGAAGCUUUCCAUUGCUAAGCAAAACCAUCAUAAAAAGGUGAUGGAAAGAGAAAAUACGGUGAAGAUGCAUGGGAAAGAAAUGAUGCAAAAGAUCCAACAAACCAGAGAGAAUCAAAGGAAACUUGACAAAGAAAUGGAGGAACAUCUGAAUGAUAUUGCCCAACAUAAAAAACAACUAUUAUUGCGAGCUACGAAUACAGCGUUAAAAAACACGAUGAACAAAUCUGUUCGAGCGCAAGCGAUGCGGGAGGAAUCUGAGAAAGGAUGGAGGAGGAAACACACGGAGGUCCAGGAGCGUGAUCAACAAGUGAUACAGAGAACUAAGGAGGAUUUGGAAGCAAAGGAAAACCGAGUGAAAACUCAUCUUCAGCUGAAGGAAGCUGCUUUUGAAUUUUCUCGUUUUCAAGCUAAGAUCAAUGAAGCAGAAAGAGAAAUUGUGAAGCGAAAAUCUUCCAACUUUUCCCAGAUGGCCCAACAAGCACAACUGACUGCGAACAUUGGGAAAGGUCCAAGAUCUUCAUUUGUUAAUUACUCUACUGUAAAGCUAGGUUAAUUCUAACUAGGCUUAAUUAGAAUUUCAAACAUAAUAGUGGUGAAAAUUGGUAAAGAUUUAAUAGUACUAGUCUACUAUUUUCCAUAAAUAUUGAGGGUCCAACGAAUUCCGUUGCAGUAUUAGGACGUAUGUUAUAAUUGCACCAUUCUUCACUGUAUAAGAAUUUAUAUUUUAUAUAUAUAUUCGUUUUUGUACUUGUACUGUAUAAUCCAUUGCAAUGUUUGCUUUUUAGUUUUAGUAAACUGACAUACUGUGGUA